AUGCCUAUAAAGCAUCAAAAUUUAGGACUGGAGACAACAAAUAUAAAUCCAAGUAAUAAUACUGAAGAACUUGAAAAGGUCCCAGCAUCACACACUACACAGAAAUUAGAGAUCAAGGAUGGCAGGAAAAUCAUACAAGGGGAAGAUGAAGCAAAUACACAGUUACCGAAAUCUACAAUAGAAAGUGUACUUGAGGAUGAAUCCACAUCAACAUUAGCCACAUUGCCAAUUGUCAAAGGUGAGACAUUUGAGAAAAGCUAUCAGGAACAAAAGCAUAAGGAGGAGGAGACAACCAUGAUAGAGAACAACAAGAGCUGCAGGAAAAAAAAUGAACUUGAGCAAAUGACUGAAGCUGUUGAGCAUGUGUUAAAAAAGGCAUUGGAUCUACCCAAAAUCAUGGGCAAGGACAGUGCAGAAAAUGAAGAACAUGCUGGCCACCAACCUGAAGUGCCAAGCAUGGAAAACGUGAUUAUAAAGCAUACCAAAUCAGAAGAAAUGGUGACAGUAGAAAGCAGCACAAAAUCAAAUUAUAAUGUGGUGGAACAUGAAAAGAUAUCGGAGCCACACCCUUUCAAAAAUUUAGAGAUUGAGGAUGGUGGAAAAAUCAUGCCAGAGGAUGCAGUAGAUAUCAAAGAAGGCAGAGAUCUGGAAUUACAUAAAUCGGAAACAGAAAGUGUACCUGAGGAUAAAGCCAUCUCAACUGUACCCACUAUAGCAUCUGUUGGAGUUGAAACAUUUAAGCAAGGCAUUCAAGAAGAAAUACAUAAGGAAACUGAAUCAGCAGUGACUGAUACCAAAAAGGGGCAGAGUCCAGAAAAUGAGUUUGAGGAGAAUACGAAUGUUCUAGAGGCAUUUGAUCUACACAAAGUGACAGGAAACACCUGCGUGGAAAAUGCAAAGAAAGCUGAAGCCCAAUCUGUAGUACAGAGCCUAGACACCAUGGUUAUAAAGCAUCCGAAUUUAGAAGGAUUGGAGACCACAAAAAUAAGUCCAAGUAAUGAUACUACAGAACUUGAAGGGAAACACAAAGUUGCCGAGCCUGGUGGUGGCUCUGAAUUGGUAUCUGUAGAUGUCACAAAGGAGUGUUCAAAUAAAGAUAUCCCCAUGCUAGGUGAUCUGCCAAUGCUUUCUGACCAAAACCCCAAAAAUAACAACUCUGAUAUUAGUAAAAUAUCUGCUAGUGAUCAUUGUAAAUUAGACUCUGAGAAAGAAGAAAAUCUGCUCAUAGAAGCCUCUGGUUGUACUGCAACCAGCACACAUAAGAACAGUGAGACAAUAAAAGGACAAGAGAACUCAGAAACAACUUUUAAAGACAGUUUGAUAGGUUUUGCAGGAGAGAGAGCACCAACUGAAUUGGAAACAGAAGAAUCUAGCCAUGAACAUCAGAGUACUGAUGAUACUCCAGCUGAAAAGAUUGUCAAAGCAGCUGACACAAAUGAGAAGCUUGAAUUAGCUCCUGAAUCUAUAGCUAUAGAGCAAAGUGACAAAAAGAACAGUUUUGACUCCUCAAUGUACACAGCAGAUGGAACUUCCAUGUAUGAUGGAAAUGGUGAGAAAGUCAGAAACAGUGUAGAAAGUAUUGUAGCAGGGAAACUAGUAGCAAAAUUGGAUCCAGAUGAUCAAAGUGACAUGCAUGAGUCUACUAAGAUGGACGAAAGUGAACUUGCAGCAGAGAAGAUACCCGGACCACCUUAUCCAGGCAAGAAGCUUGAAUCAUACUUUGAUUCUGAGGCCCAUGAACAAGCAAAGGAGAAGAGCAAAAAUAUUCAGGAUCAGAUUUCUGAAUCUGAUCACCACAUUCAACAACAAGAGUUUCAGUGUGAAAAUCAGACAAAACCUGAGCCCCAAAUGGAAGCUGAAAAUGAUUUCAGUGUACAAUUAAAUGCUAAAAAAAACCCAGUGGCUAGCCUUAUAACCAAAGAGGUUCACGACGGAGUUGACAAAGCUGAUGCAAGUAAAAACAUUGAAACACAGACCAUAGGUUCCGAUAAAGGCUUAUCGGAAGUUCAGAUAUUAUUUCCUGGAGAAGAGACAGUUAAUCAGGUGAAAGAUCACAUUAUCAAAAACUUCAAAGCAACAGACUCCAAAGAGCAGAGAGCAAUAGCAGACUUGAGCUUUGAAAAUGACCCUAUCAGAAAGGACGUGACAUCUAAAGACACAGAUGAAGCGAUUGAGCAACCAGCCACAGGAAAACAGGAAACUCAAGAGGCAGAAACCACUCAAGUAGGAACUGCAAAAGAAGAUGAAGGAGGAGAUGACUUCGAAAAAAUAAGCCCAUCAUCUAGCAGCACUGUCAUGAUCAAAGACUCUCAACAUUCCGAUGUGAAAGUUUCACACAAAAAAUCUCAUGGCAUCCUCUCAGGUGUUGGGUCAAAGGUAAAACAUUCAAUUUCCAAAGUGAAGAAAGCCAUUACGGGUAAGUCUUCACACCCAAAGACACCAUCACCAAAAUAAAAUAAGCAAGUAAACAAUGGCAUGCUGCUACUGUAAAUAGCCAUAUGUUUGAGUAUGUUGGCUUGUAUAGUAUGUUGAGGGAUUGUAUAGCUUUGCUUCAUCUUUGUAUGUAUUGUUUUCUUUGUUCUUUGUUGUUUGUUUUGAUUUUUUCAUUUUAAGGAGAAUCUCUUAUCCUCCUAACUCUAUGUGAUGUAAUCAUAUUCUAUUUCUCUUAUGAAU